AUGCUAAUAUAUGCUACUAUAUUCUUAAUAUACUUUUGUAACUCACUUUUGUAAUCUAGCUGGGUCGGUGCAUUCAAAACUUGCCUCGAAACAAUGAAUUUACUGACAACAUCCUCACUACAGAGUUGUUAUCAUUACAAUUACAAAUCCAUAAACAAAUAGAAGUCAAACUCUCGUGGCCCUUAUCUCUUAACCUUCAUCUCUUUUUAUCUGUUUCUACCUUUUUAUAUAUUUACAGAUUUUGUUUUCAACCUGACGCUAGAAAUAACUCCAACAAUUUCAUUCACACCUGCAUCCAUUACUUAACAUCAGUGGUUUCAUCGCGUAUUAGGCAUGGCGUCUAACGGUUUUCAUCAUUAAGGAAGAUAUUUUUACAUGAAAAUCAAUCCGGAUAUGGACAUGGGUGAACUACCAUCCAUAUUUUUUAGGAGAUUCAAGGAUGUAAUACCGAACUACAUGACAUUUUAUGAUUUUGCUGGCAACGAAGUUGAUGUCGUCAUUGAAAAGGGACACCGUACCGCUAUAAUUGUUACCGGAUACAAAAAUCUCUCAACCCUUUAUGGCCUUAAAGACGGUGGAUGGCUUACUGUCUGUUUUGUUGGGGGAGACAAAUUCCUAAUCAUUGAGGCAAAUGACUAUAAUAUGUGUACGAAGGUUCCCUGUUUCCUACCUCUGAAGCCGCCACUCGACAUCAAACCUACGGUCAUUGUUGAUGAAGUCAUACAAAUAUCCGACCACACUCCACACGGCAGCUCACUCGCACAAGAAACUCCAUCGCCAUCAUUUGGAAGCUCUCCUAUCAACUCUCCUAACAUAUCGGCGUCAGUUUCACAUGCAGAACAUUUCCCUCAUGGCUAUGAAGUUGAUGCCGACCCCGAACGGCAGCACCUUAGGUUGGUGGUAUCUACCAUCGCUGGUGGCAUAUGCCCGCAGCUUAACUUUUGUCCCAGCCCAUCAGCUGCGCAGUUAACAUUUCAUGAUGUGCUAGAUUUUACAAGAGAAGCUCUUUCCAUGUGUGGCGUUGAUGCCUAUUCCGAUGUGGCUAUUCCACCCGUUGAGGCCCUAUUCGAACCUUUAAGCAAUGAAGGAAUAGAGAACUCAAACACCAACAUAGCAGUUGUUCCGAGGGUUACCUGAAUUUGUAGGUCGAUCUCGGUCGAGAUCUUCUGUGCUGGUCAGAACCGAGGUGUCCGGUUGGUGAAUGGCGACCGGAGAUGGUACGUCCGACUUGUUGGACUGGUUGUGCUGCUGAUCCUUUGCCACCGAAGGGUGGGGGGUACCUGCAAGAGACUC